GGCCCAGACCCGCUCCCUUCACUUCUGCCUUAGCUCCAGGAUCCCGGUUGCGCCAGUAUUUUACACCAAUUUACCACCACUUUUACUACAACGAAUGGUUGCUUUCCACUUUUGUGAAUUCCCCCCAUGUGUGGGGGCCCCUAAGGUGGCAAGUGGCAGAAGAUGCCCCAGUCCGAUGCUGCCCUGACACAAAGCCACAGAAGUGGUUGGGGGUUAAUUUUUCAUUGCUGGUAGCUAAAAUCUCUCAUCUGCCACUAUAACAGUUCCCAGGAUGUUGUUGGCACAGGAGUAACGAGUAUAACCUGUUGUGUGUGAGUGAGAAAGGGAACUGUGUGGUGUAAUGGAGCACUAGGUACUGAGAGGAAUUUGGUUUAUAAGAAGAGCCCAAUAUAGUUGUGUCCCUCCUUCCCCUGUGUCUCCUGACAGUUUCUCGGCUGAGGUGAAUUUGCUGCCGGUUUCUCGGCUGAGGUGAAUUUGGCGCCGGUUUAUCGGCUGAGGUGAAUUUGCCGCCGGUUUCUCGGCUGAGGUUAAUUUGCCGCCGGUUUCUCGGCUGAGGUGAAUUUGUUGCCGGUUUCUCGGCUGAGGUGAAUUUGCUGCCGGUUUCUCGGCUGAGGUGAAUUUGCUGCCGGACCAGUCUCUGCUGCAUAAGGCGGAGUCAGUGAGUCUCCUCCCCCUGUCCAAUCAUUGUCACACGAACCUCCGCUGCAUCUGGGCUUUUCUCACGGUCUGUCUGUGUGGGUCUCAGUUUGGGUCAGAGGGAGACAAAGGAGACGCAGCAGAAGAUCGUGUGAGUAAGCGGAGAGCAGCCAUGGUGUGACUCCUCCUCCUCCCGCUCUGCUCCCCGGCGGCUCUUUAUUCCCAGCCUGACACUGACAAUGGCUAAACAAUACGAUGUUCUGUUCCGGCUGCUCCUCAUCGGGGACUCCGGGGUCGGCAAGACCUGUUUGUUGUGCAGAUUCACCGACAAUGAAUUCCACCCUUCCCACAUCUCCACUAUAGGAGUUGAUUUCAAAAUGAAGACAAUAGAGGUUGAUGGGAUCAAAGUACGAAUACAAAUCUGGGACACAGCUGGUCAAGAAAGAUACCAGACAAUUACCAAACAGUACUAUAGAAGAGCACAGGGUAUAUUCCUAGUCUAUGAUAUAACAAGUGAACGUUCCUACCAGCAUAUCAUGAAAUGGGCAAGUGAUGUAGAUGAGUAUGCACCGGACGGAGUUCAGAAAAUUUUAAUUGGGAACAAAGCUGAUGAAGAACAAAAACGACAGGUUGGAAAAAAUCAGGGGUUAAAGAUUUUUCAUCCGAUUUUCAAGAUUUUUUCAUCCGUAAACUUAGAAUCUUUGCCGAAAACUUCAGGCUAUUGCCAAAAACCCAGCGCACAUCAAAAAAUCAUUGGGACCACUCCCAUUGACUUAUAUGCAACAAUUAAAGCUGCACGGUCCUACAGUGAUUGAUAAUAGUUCAUAGGGUGUUAAUUGUAAGCAUCUCAUAAUGCUAAACAAAAUUGUAUUGGCUUUAUCACUUUCUCACCCUGUAACAACUAUGACCUGGGUGUAGAAACCCCAGGUUAGACGCUUCAGCGUAAAUCACAAUGAAAGAAAGCCGCCAGAGGACGGGAAAACACUCGCCCGACGAGUCAAGUGGUCCGGGUGCAUCACAAUAUGAAGAAGAUACGUACAUGCCUAUGAGUACGAAUCGUUCAGGAUGUAAUGGUUUUAACCUGUUGAAAUAAAAAGCUGAAUUUUACCUAAAGAGAGGUCUCCGGAGUGCUUGCUGAUCUUCUUCAUAUUCUAUGCAACCUCGACAAGUCUUAGAUGCUGGAUUUUCUGAUUCUGACUUUUCUAUCCUCUGGGUUUAAUAAAUUCCCCAAAAAAAUCGUGAUUUUUUAAAAGUACAAUUUUAUAUUAAAAAAAUCACAAAUUUUUCAUGAUUUUUGCAUUCAUAGUUUAGUAAAUAACCCCCAUAGUGUGUUGGCUCAUGUAAAUGAUCUUAUUUCAAAGGGAUAUGCUGGCCCCUGCAUCUGAUUUAGCCAAAUUGCCGACGGAAGACCAGACUCAUGACCAUUUCAGUUUACAAUAUUUUCCACCAAAUUAACUCGUAAUCUGAUUAUUUGGCUUAAUCAUUGUGUGCACCCAGUUUUAAGAAUUUAUUCCGCGUCUCUAGCAUUUAUUAGCACUUCAGCUUCAUUGUUUAAAAAAAAAUAUAUAGAUUAUCCAAACUAUGACUCACAUGCAUUAAAGGAUAAGUAAACCUUAAAAAUAAGUGAAUUUAAAAUGAUGAGGGU